AAAUGUUCAGACAGCAAAGUAUCUAAGAAAGAAAUCUAUACCACAUUUGCCCGUACACUGCCACCUAGUACAAAAGUAUCAAAGUCACUGAUUUCAUUACUUAAGUAUUACAAAUGGAAUCGCAUCAUGCUACUUGUGGCCAACAACACAUCUAACAGGCAAGUUUCAGAAGCUUUGAACAGACUUGCAGAUCACCAUGCUAUACAUAUAGUCGAAACGUGUUUCUUGCCUGCUGAUUACCUUACGAAAGACAACACCACCCUGAAGCAAAUCGUAAGGAAAACAUACAAAAAAACAAGAGUUUAUGUAGUAGUGGCUGACACAUAUGUUCUAGUGGACUUGGUACGAUUCAUGCAAGUGAGUGGUCUCUUAGACCGAGGUGAAUAUAUUGUGAUAUCUUUAGAAGAACAGGAGUUUUACGAUCCAACAAAAGAAUAUCAAUAUAUUCGGAGAGAUUUCGAAGCUUCUUGGAUGGCAGCAGAUCCCAUUCCAUUUAGGUCUGUGUUGCUCUUAAGCCCGGGGUCACCAAUCAAUCCCAAUUAUGCUUUCUUUCAAGAGUUGGUACUCAAUUAUUCCGGUUCUGAUCCUUUCAAGAUUCCUUUCCAUCCAUUCAUUAAAGUAGAAGAGGAAUGGGCAAAAUUUACGUCAGAUGAUACACAGAAACUAGUCCAGUCAAUGCCUAGACAUUUCGAAGCUUCUUGGAUGGCAGCAGAUCCCAUUCCAUUUAGGUCUGUGUUGCUCUUAAGCCCGGGGUCACCAAUCAAUCCCAAUUAUGCUUUCUUUCAAGAGUUGGUACUCAAUUAUUCCGGUUCUGAUCCUUUCAAGAUUCCUUUCCAUCCAUUCAUUAAAGUAGAAGUUCCAAUCUACGCUGGUUUAGCCUAUGACGCUGUGAUGAUUUAUGCAAGCGCUCUCACGCAAGCCCUCUCUAACAAUAUAUCUGCAUGGGAUGGCGACGGAGUAUUUAAGUACAUCAGAUCUAGAAACUAUGAAAGUAUAUUGGGAUUCAGUGUUAUGAUUGAUGAUCAAGGAGAUGCUGAAGGUAAUUACUCUGUCAUGGCAUUGGUGGAAAAUGAAAAUUCCACCCGAUUAAGAAUGCAGCCAGUAGCAAGGUUCAAUCAUGAAGGUUCAAAUGAUUUGCCCUCUCUAAGAUUAGAGAAGGAAAUCAAUUGGAUUUCAGGAUUGCCUCCUAAGAGUGAACCAAUGUGUGGUUUCGAUGGCGAAAAUUGCGAUAAAACUCCAGACUUGAAAAUAUGGAUUAUGUAUGGCGCAUGUGUAUUAUUCCUAAUUGUUCCCGUAUUUCUCAUUGUAAGACACUAUAGAUAUGAAACCAAGUUAGCCUGCUUACUGUGGAAGAUAGACAUGAGAGAUGUUCUUGUUGUUAAAUGCGAUGAAAAUGGAGAGUUGCCCAAACUAAAAAAUAAUUUGUUGGACAUGGAAAAUGAAAGUGAAGUUCUUACGCAAAAAGCAGAUGACAUCAUUUUGUGGGAUCGACAUCAAUACAGAGUUGGUUGUUACAAGCAAAAUGCUGUUUAUAUUUAUCACGUCUAUAAGAAAAACAUAGAUCUUACCAGAACUCUCAGGAAAGAAAUGAUACAGAUUAGGGAAAUGCGCCAUGAAAACAUCAACCCUUUUAUAGGAGCAUGUACAGAGCCUCCUAACAUCUGCAUACUGGCUAAUUAUUGCAUGAGGGGAAGUCUACAAGACGUACUUCAGAAUAAGGAUCUGCGCCUGGAUAUAACAUUUAAAGGUUCUUUAGUGGUGGACCUUAUAAAGGGCAUUAUUUAUAUCCAUGAGAGCGAUAUCAUUUCUCAUGGAAAUCUGAAAUCUUCAAAUUGUGUGAUCGACAGCAGAUGGAUGUUGAAAAUCACUGAUUUUGGGUUACACGAGUUUAAAGGUCAUCAGGAUCCUCCACCAGAAGUCGAAGAGAUAAGAUCAAAAUCUCUUCUUUGGCGUGCUCCUGAGUUGUUGAGAAUGAUCAAUCCUCCAUCCAGAGGCUCCCAGAAAGGAGAUGUUUUCUCAUUUGCCAUCAUUUUAUUCGAAAUAUUUGGCAGAAACGGUCCUUGGGGAAAACCGGAACCAUCCAUCAAGUACAUCAAAGAACGGGUAGCAAAUCCUCAUCUUUAUGGUCCUGAUUUACACCGUCCUCCAGUCCAUGAAUUGGAUUGUCCAAAUUACAUAAAGUGCUGCAUGGAGGAGUGUUGGUCAGAAAAUCCAGAAGAUAGACCAGAUUUUAAACUCAUUAAAGUCAAACUUCAAAACCUUUAUGCUGGAUUAAAUGCCAAUAUUUUUGAUAAUGUGAUCAACAUUAUGGAGAAAUACGCUAGCAAUUUAGAAGCUGUUGUGAAAGAACGUACGAACGAACUAUACGAGGAAAAGAAAAAAACUGAGAAUUUGCUGCUCAGAAUGUUACCAAAACCUGUGGCUGAGCAGCUUUUACGAGGUGAACAAGUAGAAGCUGAAAGCUUCGAUUCUGUGACAAUUUAUUUUAGUGAUAUUGUUGGUUUCACGUCAUUGUCAGCUGUCAGCACACCAUUACAGGUUGUAGAUCUCUUGAAUGAUUUGUAUACCUGUUUUGACUUUAUCAUCGGAAGCUAUGACGUUUAUAAGGUAGAAACAAUAGGAGAUGCUUACAUGGUUGUAAGUGGACUUCCCAUAAGAAACGGAGACCGCCAUGCAGCAGAAAUUGCUUCUCUGGCUCUCAGGCUACGGGAAGCAAUCCAGACAUUUGAAAUACGACAUAGACCAAAAGAGAGGCUAAGUUUAAGGAUUGGCAUUAAUUCAGGACCCUGCGUUGCUGGCGUUGUUGGUCUUAAAAUGCCUCGAUAUUGCCUUUUUGGAGAUACCGUGAACACAGCAUCUAGAAUGGAGUCUACUGGGGAAGCAAUGAAAAUCCAUGUCAGUGAGGCUUGUAAAAAUAUUCUAGACAAAAUUGGAGGCUAUGUUCUUGAAGAAAGAGGACUGGUGACCAUAAAAGGCAAAGGUGAAAUGCGAACCUUUUGGCUCUUGGGUAAAGAGGUAAUGGAUUGCGAAUCUUUAAUACCCACAAAACUACGUCCACCAUCCAGUUGGGACGUCAGGCAUCCCUUACCAGACUUACUAAGCGGUGGUCGUCCAUCAUUAAUCACAUCGCCAAGCAUCAAUGAGAGUUGUCUCACUCUAUUUGAUGACAUCAAGAGAACAGCUGAAAAUGAGGUCAGGAGGACAAAUAAUAGUUAUCGGUCUGCCCCCGCUCUUAGUUUCAGACAGUUCUUCUCACCUGAUGACUGCGUACUGUGAUUACAGAAUUGUGCAAAGAUUUGUGGUUUGGGUGAUAUGCAAGAUAAUAUUCAACCGGUCAAUGAUAUUUCAAUAUAGAAGAAUUAUCUGGUACCAAAUUGUGGUAUAGUCAAUAGCUACAUUCAUCGGUAAUCAUGCCACCAGGAUUCAAUGAGUUCUGUCCUACUUCAUUUGAUGAUGUCACACCACCAAGGUUCAAGAGGACAUCAGAGAACGAAGUCAGAAGAAUAUAUAGUAUUUACUGGUCAGUCCUUAUCUGACAGCUCUUUGUAGUUGGAGUUGGUAUUUUGUAAUCAUUAUAUAAAACGUUGACCAGCUUAAGCGUUGUCUGAGAUAAUAUUCAACUAACUACUGACCAAUAUAAAUGAAAUAUCAUGUGCUGCAAGAACUAUUGUCGAUAGCUAUGUACUUCAUUAAUUUUGCUGCCUUAUUAAUUUAUUGGAUGACAUUAACAAGACAGCAGAAAAAGAAGUUAAGAGGACAAAAAAUAAUCACUGGCUUUUGCAUUUAUUCUCAGAUUCAUGGUUCUUCGUCUGAAGUCUUGUUUGUUAUCAUACUAUUGAAUGGUGUAUUCCUUAAGUAAUGAUUCAACUUACCAAUAUGGGAAAAUAAUUCGGUGCUAUAAGUAUUGUGGUAUAUAACUGUAUUGAACUGUAAUCAUGUCUUUCAGUAUAUAUAAGUUUUAAUUUUAAAAAAUGCGAAUAAUUGUUAUGAGUCAAGAAUAAAUGCGAAAACGGGAUUAACUCAUUAAAUAUUGUAAAGUUUAAAGUGAUAUCUGUGAUGAUACUUAA